ACAAUAUACAAAUAAAUAAUAUAUAAAUAAAUAAUAUACAAAUAAAUUAUAUACAAAUAAAUAAUAUACAAAUAAAUAAUAAAAAUAUAAAUAAUAAAAAUAAAAAUAAUAAUAUAUAAAUAAUAUAAAUAAUAUAUAAAUAAUAUAUACAAUAUAUAAAAUAAUUUAAAUUAUACUAUUAAAAAUAUUAAAAUAGAAAAAUGUUAGAUCUAGAAUCAUUGAGAGAUUCUAUUAAUGAUAUAGAUAAAAACAAUGGAAAUAAUUAUAGAGAUAAAAGAAAACAAAUCAGAGAAAAGAAAAUGAAUUGGAAAAAAAUGUUAAAAAAAUGUAAAGGUUAUAUUGCAAACAAAUUAACAAAUUACACAUCAAAAGAAAAUGAUUUUAGAAAUUUAAUCAUUGAUCUACUUGAAUAUUUUUGUGAUGUUACAGUUAUAAACAAAUACAAUUAUAGAAGUGAUUUCAAUCAAAUUGUAAAAUUAAGUAGAGAUAUCAGUGUAUGGAACGAAGAAAAAAACGAAAUAGAAAUUAGACUCACACCAGGUUCAUUGAAAGGAUCAAGAAGACCAGAUAUUCUAUUUGUAAAAAAUAAAAAUCGAAAAAAAAUUAUAAUGAUAGAGGUUAAAUUUUUUUUUAAAUUUGGCACAAUGUACAGAUACUAUUUGAAUGGUAAAAAAAAAUUUUCAAAUAGUUAUAAAGAAGUACAAGAAUCAGCAUCACGUCAAAAUAAAACUCUAAAGAAGCUAAUUAUUGAUAAAUCCAGAAGAGAACCUCAAAAUAUAAAUAUUAAAACUUUCACAAUUUUAGGUUAUAAAUGUAACUCAAAAAUUCCACUUGUAGAAAGAAUUAAUAAGUUUGGUAUUGAUAUUCAGAAAAAUUAAUUAAAUUUAUAAAUAAAAAACUUUUUUUUAAUUUUUUUUU